AAUCGCUCCUCCCUCCCAACACUACAUCGUUGAUUAGAAAACCCUAGUUUUUCAGUAAAAGUGAUGGAUUAAUGGGAGCAUGUCGGAUUGAAUUCAAUUGUGAAUCACAGUCACUGUAAAUAUUUGCACAAUAACGGUACAUAGAAGGUGAUCGAUUAAUUGUUGUAAAUCUUAUCCUGUCAGUUUUGUUAUGUUUUACAUUUUUCCUAUUAAAAUCGUGUCUUUCUGUUCUUUUGAACAACUAGCAAUCUCGUGUGCGUAAAGACUUCGAAGGCUGAACUGGGAUGACCACUAUUUACUUUGUUUUUCUCUGUACGUGAAGGCAUGAAAGGAUCAUGUCAGUCUUAUGAAGUUAAUUUUUUUUUUUGGGUAUUCAGACCUUAUGAUGAUGAUGAUGUUACUCAGCAAACCCAAAGCUCGAUAGAUUUUAUAGUUUUAAGUUUUUUGUGUGGUAAAUGUAGGGAUUGGAUGAAUGAAUGACUUUUUAUGACCUUGCAAAGAGAAGUUUUGGAAAUCAAUUAGGAGGAGUUAUUUAUCUGAACUAGUAUGUGGUCAUUAUAGUGACAUACAUAAUUAUUGAUAUAGGUUAGAGAAUUUUUCUUUUUUAUGUUUUUCUGUUAGAUGAAUUGCGAGACAUAAAAAUGCUCAUGAGAGCCACCAGGAGAUAAGUUUUCUGUUGAUUGUUUGGUUCGUAAAUUGAAUUCUAAUUAACUUCAAAGGACAGUACAGAAAUUUUCCCACUUUUUCAACGGGUCAAUCACUCCUCUCAUAUUCUAAUCCUUCUCUGCUCAAAUCCAUUCUUUCCCUCCUAAUAACAGGAGUGUUUAAUGAAGUUAUUCCGAUGACGAGAAAUCGGCUAAAGAAAGAGCAAUUUCUAUUUCUAUUGAUUCAUGGUGAUGAACAGAAUAAAUUCAAUAAAAGUACUGGUGUCUUGAAUGAAUUAGAAUACACGGGUUCUCAUCAGAUAUGAUUUACAGCAAGGAAAUGGAGACGAAUUCCUGAUGGUUAUGGAUGUUAGGGUCUGAGUUGAUGUUCUGAUUUUAAAAAUUAAGGAUGAAAUUCAAAGGUUUGAUGGGACUGGAAUCAGAGAAUAGUUGAGCAGUUGAGAAAGAGAUGAAUUGUGAUGAGGUAUCUGAAUUUAGAUGAGGAACUAGUAAAUCAAGAUGGAGUUCAUCUGUGAAGCACCAGUAAACUGCACACAGGUUGUUUGUAGAAAGGCUUAAUCAAAUUACAAGGAGAAGAUGAACUGAUGGAAGAGAGGUUAUUAAGCUACAGAAGUAUCGACAGUAUUGGUGGUUGUGUUUUGCCGAUGCAUUGGCUAGGUUUGAAGUGUUGUACUACAAGAGCUGAGAAUGGUGAGGAUGUUCUGAAUAGACUGAAACGCGAUAUUUGCGUUGUGAAUAUUGCAGGUGAAAUGAAUGGAAUGGUGGUGCAACUAUGGCAAGAAAAAGUUGGCAAAGCAAUAGACUGGAUUGUGUAUGAGACGCAAACUGGUGGUGAUUUUGUAGAAUGCAAUGGUGAGUCUAAGUAUGGAGUUUUGCUGUCAGAUUGUAGAGAUGGUUCAAGGGGAUGGAUGUUUGAAGAGCUGAGAACUUUAUCUUAAGCUGAACAUAAGGCUGAAGAGCUGGUGCUGCUGAAUCUGUGCAAGUGAUGCAGUUGCAGUUGAAGAUGGAGGUGCAAUGGUUAGCAGUUCUGUUUGUUUGGUGUUGCAACGAGUAAACUGUGGGUGUUAAUGAAUUGGGUUUGACACGAUGAGAAUGCAUGAAGUCAAGAGUACAGGUUCAGUUCCUUGCAACUGGUUGCAGGCUAGACUUAGAAGCUGAGAUAGUGCUGGUGGUCGCUGCCAAGGGAAGUGGUUUGAUAGAACUCUUGAACGAUCCAUCUACAAUCACAAGAUGAGUGAACCCAACGACUCAAAGGGUAAACAUGUCUUUUUAAGUCAUGUUAACUGCCCAUGUGGAGGUUAACUUUCCAUGCACCCUUUUGGUCAAAUAAGGCCUAGUUAUGUAAGAUAAAAAAAAAAGAGGUUAAGUUUUGUAAACCAAAAAAAAAACAGGCCUAGAUUUGUAAAAAGCCUGAUACAAUUCUACACUUAUAGAUUGAAGUAGAACUGAUCCUGGGCUGUGUAUUUGUACAUUUCUUUUCUUUUCAAUACAACCUUCCUCUUUCAGAAAAAAAAGAAACCAGAAAUCAGGGAGGUUAUUUAGA